GAAUGAGUAAAGCAAAAACCAUCUUGUCAUUUUAAGAGUUUUCUUCAAACUCAAAAAUAAAGAAAAAACACCCAAUAAAGUUACUCUCUUUUCUAAUAUCGCAACAGAACUGGGUACUCGGUAUCCAUAGAGAAGAAGAAACCCAAAUGCAGGUACCCAUUUGGUUGAGACUCAGAAUCUGAGGAUCCGAUUCACCAAUCCAAGAUCUCACCGUUUAUUCUCUCAGAAUUGGAUGUUGGCUUUUGGGGUUUUUUUGAAUCAAGCUGUGCUGAUAAUUAGUGGAUUUGACAAAGAUUUGAGGAUCUGUGCCUUUUUGUGACAAGAAGCAUAUUUGUUUAUGAGAAGGAUUUGGAGAAGAUAAUUUUGUAUAUAUAGUAGAGAGGAAAUGAAACCUGGAAUGCCUCUUGAUUAUGCUGUUUUCCAACUAUCGCCAAAGCGCUCACGGUGUGAGUUGUUUGUUUCAAGCAAUGGAAAUAUAGAGAAGCUUGCUGGUGGAUUGGUAAAGCCAUUUGUUACUCAUUUAAAGGUUGCAGAGGAACAGAUUGCACUUGCAGCCCAAUCUAUUAAGCUUGAAGUUGAAAAGCAUAAAAAUACUUGGUUCACAAAAGGAACACUUGAGAGGUUUGUGCGAUUUGUUAGUACACCAGAGGUCUUGGAGUCGGUCAAUACAUUUGAUGCAGAGAUGUCUCAGUUGGAAGGAGCCCGGAGAAUGUAUUCUCAGGGGGUGGGAGGUCAGCAUUCUGGUGAAAUAGGUGCAGGUGGCACUGGAUUGAUGGCAACAGCUGAUGCUACUAAGAGAAAGCUUCUAAGGGCUAUUGAUGUCCGCCUUGCUGCUGUUCAGCAGGACUUAACAGCAGCCUGUGCUCGUGCAUCUGCUGCAGGCUUUAACCCUUAUACUGUAUCUGAACUCCAACAAUUUGCAGAUCAGUUUGGUGCUCAUCGCUUGAAUGAAGCUUGCAUGAAGUUCAUUUCACUAUGCCAGAGACGACCAGACCUGAUCAGCACAUGGAAGCCAGGUGCCAGUGAUCAGGUGGUCCGAGCCUCAUGGGAGUCUGACAUGUCAAUUGAUGAUCCUGCUGAAGACCUUAGAGGGUCCCACAAUAGUAAUAGGACCAACCAACCAUUGGAAAAUAAACACCAAGAACAUCCAGCACCAAGCACAAUGCAUACCCAGAGAGACAAUGAUCAAUUGAUUAUUCCUGCCACUUUUCAACAAUCCAAGUCCUCAAAUACCACACAGCAGCAUGUUCAUAACCAAAACCAUGAAGAGAAGGCUGAGGGGAAUGUGACUGAACCAUCACCAAUUCAGAUGAGUCAACCAACUAGACGACUGAGUGUGCAGGAUAGAAUUAAUCUCUUUGAGAACAAACAGAAGGAGAACUCAAAUUCUGGAGGCAAACCAAUUGUUGUAGGGAAAUCUGCAGAGCUGAGGAGACUCUCGUCUGACGUUUCAUCUGCACCUGGUGCUGUUGAAAAAGGUGUAUUGAGAAGAUGGAGUGUUGCUAGUGACAUGAGCAUUGACUUGGGUAAUGACAAGAAGGAUGAUAGUACGGAUAGAGAUAGCCCUUUGUGCACACCAACAUCUUCGUCUCUAUCUCAGGCCAAAAGCAAUGAUUUCCUGGGUUUGUCUGAGGAUAAGGUGAGUUUGGUUAAAGUUGAGCCGAAAAACGGUUCUAAUAGAGCAGGCAACUCUGGGUUGAAUGAUCAAGGAGGACAAGCCCAGGUUGGUAGUCUUGUAGGUGAUGACGAGGAUGUGGGAUUGAAAGGGCAGGUAAAUUGGAAGGACAACUUGGGUUCCCAGAACAAUCAAUUUAGGUCUUUUUUGGGUAAAGUUGAGCAGGUUGGGGCUGGGGACCGAGGGGUUUCUUUAGAGAACAAGAAGGGUUCUUUGGCUGGAGGAGAAAGAAGUGGUUUGUUUAAUGAUAUUGAAAAUUCUAAUAUGCAGUUGAACAAGAAUGCUUCUCGGGUGCAGAUUGGGGACUUUAGAGGUAGAUUAGGAGAUGCCAAGGCUCAAGAUGAAUUCAAGGAUAGAGUUGAAGCUGCUGAAUCAGAAGAUCAUCCUAUGGCACAAGCACGUUUUAGGGGAUCUCAGCAUCACAACUGCUCUUUUUCAGGGCAGCUUGAAGGUGGUUUUGGAUUAAAAACUAGGGAAGCUCAUCACAAAGGCACUGAAGCUGAUCAGUUGGUUCCUCAACCACAGUGGAAGUCUUUUACUGGGGGGGUUGAGGAAGCUGGGAAGAAAGAGCUUGCUUCAUUGAAGAAACAACCAAGCAAAGUUGAAGAUGCUGGAGUCCAGAGAAUGAAGGUCCAGAAACAAGUUUCUAUAGGUUCUGAACAGACUAAGAAGUCACAGGACAGGGGCAAUGAUGGCAGUUCAAUUUAUGGAAAUGGCAAGCCACUUCUUCCUAGUAAAAAGGGCCCUGAGAGUGAAGAGAGUUUUGGUACACCUACAGUUUCAGAAGAGCAAGUUCAGAGAGUAAGGCAGUCUAGGGGGAAUCAGGAGCUGAACAAUGAGCUCAAAAUGAAGGCAAAUGAACUAGAAAAGCUUUUUGCAGAGCACAAGCUUCGGGCUCCCAGUGAUCAGUUUGGUUCUACCAGGAGAGGGAAGCCUGCUGAAGUUCAGAUUGACCAGGAAGCAAGUCCACCUUACAGAAAACAACCAGCAUUAGAUACAUCUUCUGCACAGUUGUCUGACAAAAACACAACUGAAAUGACAGAGACUUUGGCCAAGUUUAGUACUCCACCAACCAAGAUAGUAGAUAACGAGGAAUAUGGUGAUACUCUUGGGAAAAAUUUCUCUCAAAUUAGGUUUUCUGAUGAUUCUAGGGGAAAGUUUUAUGAGAAGUACAUGCAAAAGAGGGAUGCAAAGCUAAGGGAAGAAUGGGGCUCUAAGAGGGCAGAGAAGGAAGCCAAGUUGAAGGCAAUGCAGGAUACCCUUGAGAGAAGUAGAGCUGAGAUAAAGGCCAAAUUUUCUGGGUCUUCUGAAAGAAAAGAUUCAGUAUCUAGUGCACGUCAGCGAGUAGAGAAAUUAAGAUCAUUCAAUUUUCAGUCACAAAGGGAGCAGCAUCCAGUAAGUUCAAUUCAGAGUGAAGAGGAUGAAGAUCCCUCUGAAUUUCAAGAUCAGAAGUGCUAUGGACAAAUGAAGAAGCCUUUGCCAAAUAAGACUAUGCCUUCAUCCACCCCUUGUACCACAACAGCAUCAGUUCCACGCUUGUCAGGUAAAGUUUCAAGUACUAGUUCUGGGAGAAGAGUGCAAUCUGAUAAUCCUAUUGCCCAGUCAGUUCCAAAUUUCUCUGAUCUCAGAAAGGAAAAUACGAAGCCCUCUUCUGCAACCACCAAGAUGACCAACCGUUCACAGGUUAGAAACCACACCCGCAGCAAGAGUUCCAACGAAGAGACAACCAUUGUCAAAGAAGAAAAGUCUAGACGGUCUCAUUCUUUGAGAAAAAGCUCUGCCGGUCAAGUAGAGUUUAUGGACUCUGAUGGCGUUGUUUUGGCUCCUUUAAAAUCAGACAAAGGGCAGACUGAUGAGACCUUCAGUGAUAAAUUUUUGAAGAAUGUGGACACAAAAACUUUCCUCAGAAAAGGUAAUGGUAGCAUCAAACAGCUCAAAGCUUCAGUGACAACUGAGAUUCAAAAAGAUGGAGAGGAAUUUGAUGAGCUUGCUUUUGAUGCUGAUGAUUCAACAGAAAUGGCCAAAGAGGAUGAUGAGGAAGAGCUUGAAACCACAGCCAUGGAAGAUUGUACUGACAUGGACAAUGGAAGAUCAAGACGAAGUCAGGAAUCUGACAAGUUGGAUAAUUCAGAAUCUGAGAAUGGUGAUUCCUUGAGAUCUCUUUCUCAGGUUGAUCCUGCUUCUGUUGCUGAAGUGCCUUCUGCAGUGUCUUCUACAUUCCAGACUGCUGUGUCUCGACAGGACUCUCCGGGGGAAAGUCCUAUAUCAUGGAAUAUGCGCAUGCAUCAUCCAUUUUCUUAUUCCCACGAGACUUCGGAUAUUGAUGCUUCUUUGGACUCUCCAAUUGGGAGCCCUGCAUCCUGGAAUUCUCACUUUCUUAACCAAACAGAGGCUGAUGCUACUCGAAUGAGGAAGAAAUGGGGAAGUGCUCAGAAACCUUUUCUCAUAUCUAAUGCAACCCAUAACCAGUCACGCAAGGAUGUGACAAAAGGGUUCAAAAGAUUGUUAAAGUUUGGAAGGAAAAGCCGUGGAACGGACAGUUUGAUGGACUGGAUCUCUGCUACAACUUCUGAAGGGGAUGAUGACACAGAAGAUGGGCGAGAUUCUGCCAAUCGUUCAUCAGAAGACUUGAGAAAAUCAAGAAUGGGAUUUUUGCAAGGUCAUCCUUCUGAUGAUAGCUUCAAUGAAAGCGAGCUUAAUGAACAGGGUAACCUUUUUUACUAUUUGCUCGUUAUCUAGAAAUGCCCAUGAUUGUGUUGUGCUUACAUCAUAUAUGUGUUCUCUCUGAAAUGAAGAUUGGAGGAAGUAUAGAAGAUAAAAUCCAUCAUAUAUUUUUUUGUCUCUCUGUAUGAUCAGAAAGGGGACCUGAAAACCCUUUGGGUGGCUGCAAUUUCCUUUGUCAGCCAAGCCCAAGCCCCAAGGCUUGCGUAGCUCCAUUCCAGCACCACCAGCAAACUUCAAAUUAAGGGAAGAUCAUAUGUCAGGAAGCUCUAUAAAAGCACCUCGGUCAUUCUUCUCUCUCUCAACAUUUCGGAGCAAGGGUAGUGACUCCAAGCUUAGAUAAAUUUCAUCAAAGUCCAAACAAGCGCUUGGAAUUAUCUUAAACGGUAGGGUGUAAAGGGUAAUAUAUAUAAAACACAAAUGCUUGAGGUAGACACAAUACGGUGAAUAUAUGUGGGAUUUUGUAAAUCUUCAUGGGUUCAUGAGGCCUUUUGCCCAUGAUCUAGUCAAACAGUUGUGUUGUAUUGUAAAUUGCAUUGAACAAGAAGUUGCCCAUUGGCAAAAUGUCAUUGUGAUUUUGAUAGAGUAGACUGUAGAGGCAUUCUUUUUCUCCUUUUCAUUUACCCUUUUUAUGAUGUGAUUGAACUCUUAUUAAGAAUCAAAGUUUAUUGAUAGU